CGGGAAUCCUUUAUCGUCCUUCAUGGUGGAGAUUUUGAAUCGGAGUUGUCAGUCGUUGGGGAGCUGAUAACCGGUUGCUACUAUUGGAGGGAUUUUGCAAGGUUCUUCUCGGGUCGUUGGCUUUGCAUAGUUGUGUCCAAAACAUAAGGGCACGACAUCUUAUAUCAAAAGCUGAACAUGAAUGCACCCAUGACAACGAGAGCGUCGUCCAGUCGCAGAGUGGCAACCACAGUGGCAAACCCACAACCCAGCUACAAGCAGGCAGUACCGAGCCUGAAGCGACCGGCGGGCAAGUCUCCCGAGAAGGUGCCCCGAAAACGAGCUGUGCUCGGUGACAUCACUAACCCGUGUCGGACUGCACUACCCUCCAAAAAGCAGAACCGGCGCUCCCUCGGCAAGGCUCCCGACUGCGACACCAUUAAGUCUUCCCAGGAGUCCUGCAAGACUGACGACUCCCUGUACACAACUGCCUCGGAGAACAGCGUACUAGAUGUUACGGGUGCGGACCAGUCCAAUGUGACAGUUGCAGCGGUGCCAGCAGGAGUCUCAGACUACGAUUCAGACUGCAGAAAUGAUCCUUUUGCCGAGUCCAAUUAUGCUGCGGACAUCUUCAACUAUUACAGGGAGAGAGAGGUAGCAUUCCUCGUUCCUCUCUACCUGGACAUGCAGCCCGAGCUGUCGGCCACCAUGCGUGCGAUCCUCGUGGAUUGGAUGGUGGAGGUGCAGGAGAGCUUUGAGCUGAACCACGAAACCCUGUACUUGGCAGUCAAGCUUGUGGACACUUAUCUGUCGAAAGUAGUCGUUGGCAAAGCCACACUGCAGCUCCUCGGAGCAACGGCACUCUUUGUUGCCUCAAAGUUUGAUGAACGUUGUCCCCCUUCAGUGGAGGACUUCCUCUAUAUCUGUGACGAUGCCUACAGCCGCAAAGAGAUUAUAAGUCUGGAGGUGAAAUUGUUGAAAACGAUGGAUUUCCAGCUUGGGAUGCCACUGUCGUACAGAUUCCUGCGACGCUACGCCCGUUGCAACGGUCUUCCGUUGGAACUGCUCACUUUGGCACGCUAUGUCCUUGAACUUUCUCUCCUCGACUACACACUGAUUGAUCGAAGGGAGUCUCUCCUGGCAGCAGCUGCCCUCCUGCAGGCACUGCGUAUGAAGAACCUACAGUGGAAUUGUACAUUAGAAUACUACAGUGGGUAUAAGGAGUCUGAACUCUUAGAUCUACAGCAUCAUCUUAAUAAGCUCAUUGCUGAGAAGCAAUCCCCAAGCCUUGAAACCAUUAGGUCAAAAUAUUCCCACAAGGUGUUCUAUGAAGUGGCCUUGGUUCCCCAUUUGCCACUGUAGGAUGUGGACUCAGGGCACUCACAUACAAUCAUGAUACACAUCGUGCGAGGCUACUUCAUGUGUACAUAGCUCGGAACAUCACUGUUGCAAUUUUACCGUUUUUAACCUGUGGCAUUUUAUAGUACAGUGUGCUAUGUCUCAACAUUGUAUAUAGAAAUGAAAUGAAAACAUUUUAGCACUAUAAAGUGAUCCAUGUGCAUGUCGUGUGUGUUUGAUGUCUUCACCAAUAAAUUUUCUGAAUGCCUCUAAAAAAAUUA